GUUCACUCCCGGGUUGUGGGGCUGCCAUGGCGGCUGUGCGGGACGUGGAGAUCGAUCCUGAUGGCACGUUCAAGUACAUCCUGGUGCGGCUGCAGCGGCCUGGCGGCGGGGAGCAGCGCGACAUCGUGCGCGGCACCAAGGCGGCCGAGUUCCACAAUCACAUCUUUGAGAAAGUAAAUCCUGAGAUGGAGAAGCUGGGAUACGAGUGCAAGUGCCUUGGAGGAGGGAAAAUUGAUCAUAAUAGCAAAGAGAAGAAAAUUAGGGUGUUUGGGCUGUCUACAGGCUAUGGAAAAGCAGAUCAUUCGGUGACUGUAGAGAUACUGAAAAAAGUGUACACAGAUUAUGAAAUUACAUGGUCAGAUGACAAGAAAUAAAUUGGCUAUUUAUGAAUGUGACAAGCAGUUCAAAUCUGGAAACUUUCUGUGAGUUGUGCUUCAAUAAAUAGAAUGGAAUGUAUGUUAUCACGAA